GAAAAGUAAGAAAGGGAAACGUAUUUGCAUUGGAGUAAUUUUGCUAGGGUUCUUCUCUCUCUCUUCCUCUGUAUCCCCACUCGCGAAAACCACGAACACCAGCGAAUCCCGGCCCAAAUUCAUCUGCAAAUUAGCUGCGGAAUAUUCCCUCCUUUCCCCAGUAGCCUAGAUUGCGCGGGCCGCGGCAAAGAGUAGCGCAAUUUUGGCGGGCGGGCGCUCGUCCUUGCUCAAUCCUGCCUGUUUCUCUAGUCCUACAGGUUGAGUGUGUUAAGAUUGUUCCACCAACUACGAGCAUCUCCUCACCCGCCGAAGAUGUAUUGUAUUUAGAACCGAAAUUGUUCUUGUGAUGGGGGUGCUCUCUGCUCUGGUCAUAGCAAUCAGACAAAGCUUCUCUCUCAGGCUGCGCACCAUGGACCACCCAGCAAAUAUGUAUCUUCACAUACUAUGAUCAUCUCUCUCUCUCUCUCUCUCCCUCAUGAUGAUGAUCCUCUCACCGCGGCAAUGGCUGCUGCUGCUACCUCCGUUCUUCCUCUCUACUCUUCUCUUCUCCUACCUGUACACCAUCCUAUGGCUAAGGCCGGAGAGGCUCAGGCAGAAGCUGAGAAGCCAAGGAGUGAAGGGUCCAAAGCCUUCUUUCCUCUUCGGAAACAUACCAGAGAUGAGGAGAAUCCAGAAACUUGCCACGCCUUAUCAAGAAGAGGGAGCAGGGCCUACAGAUCGCUUCUCCUCAAAUUAUGUGGCCAUUCUGUUCCCUUACUUCCUCCACUGGACCAGAGUUUAUGGUUCCAUCUACUUGUAUGCUACUGGAAGCAUACAAACUCUACAUGUCAUAGAUCCUGACAUGGUGAAGGAGCUGGCCAGUUGCAAGUCUUUGGAUCUUGGAAAGCCUAGCUACUUGCAGAAAGAGCAUGGAGCUCUUCUUGGUACGGGAAUUUUGACGGCGAAUGGUGACCUAUGGGUACACCAACGAAAGGUCAUUGCACCUGAAUUCUUCAUGGACAAGGUUAAGGGAAUGGUUAAUUUGAUGAUGGAUGCUGCACUAUCAAUGUUGAAUUCAUGGGAAGAAAAGGUUGAGUCUGAAGGAGGCAGGGCAGAGAUUCUAGUUGAUGAGUUCUUACGGAACUUCUCAGCUGAUGUUAUAUCAAGAGCUUCUUUCGGAAGCAGUUUUGUCGAAGGCAAAGAGAUAUUUUACAAAAUUCGCCAACUUCAGAAAGCGAUGGCGAAGCGAAGUAUGCUUAUUGGUGUUCCUGGAAGUAGAUAUUUACCGACAAAGAGUAAUAGAGAGAUUUGGAACCUGGGGAGUUGCAUCCGUAGCCUCAUCUUGAACAUAGCCAAGAAGCACGGACAAGAUUCAGCGACCACCCCAAAUAAGUUUUUUCUGCACUCCAUCAUUGAGGGUUCUAAAUCCGCUUCCUUCUCUUCGUGCACACCCGAGGAUUUCAUCGUCGACAACUGCAAGAACAUCUACUUUGCGGGACAUGAGACAACCUCGAGCACUGCCGCAUGGUGCCUGAUGCUUCUUGCGGCGCACCCUGAAUGGCAGGACCGCGCUCGGGUGGAAGUCCUUGACGUUUGUCAUGGAGAAGCAUUAGACUUCGACAAGCUACGGAAGUUGAAAACGCUAACGAUGGUGAUCCAGGAGACCCUCCGCCUGUACCCGCCAGCCUCCUUUGUCACGCGGGAAGCUCUGAAGGACCUGAACCUUGGCGGCAUCGACAUCCCGAAAGGCACCAACAUCAGGGUCUCCAUCAUGCUGGCUCACCGGGACCCUUCGGCAUGGGGCGCCGACUGCGACAAGUUUGAUCCGGGAAGAUUUGCCGGAGGCAUAGCACGCGCCUGCAAGCCCCACCACAUGUACAUGCCGUUCGGCGUGGGUCCCCGGACGUGCGCCGGCCAGAACCUCGCCAUGGUUGAGGUCAAGGUCGUGCUGUCGCUGCUGCUCUCCAGGUUUGAGUUUGCGCUCUCGCCGAGCUACGAUCAUCGGCCCGUGUUCAGGUUAACCGUGGAGCCCGGGAGCGGCGUGCCGCUGAUUCUUAGGAAGCUAUGAAUGAUGGUCCGUUCAUCGUUUAUGUGCUGUUGCUUGUUGUUUACUGUCAUGUCUGACAGGGAGGAACGGCUGGAUGUUGACUGUAAACACUUUCUCAGUAUGCUGCUGUGCAUGAGAGUACCAAUUCUUGUCACUUUGACAUGGUGCAAAAUUUGGUCGUAUCAAAUAUGGUACGUUCAAGAA